CAUUAUGAACUAAUAAAACAUGGUAGCCACCGUGGUUAGUAAACAUGUUCAAAGAUAAUUUCAAAUAUUAUAAAAGUCGAAAUCCAUUGCCUGAUUUAACAAAUGUAAUUGAUUUUAAUUGUCCAGAUAUUAGUAAAGUUAAAAAUAUUAAAGCACAUUUUACAAGUGACACGUGUGAAAAGAAAUUUGGAUUAAAAUGUUCAAAGGAUUGGAAAAUUUAUGAAUUGUUAAAUAUUCCAGGACUUAUUUUUAUUCAAAAUCCAUUUACAACAAGUGGUCAUCAUUACUGGAUUCUAAAGUGUUUAAGGGAUUAUUCAAAGAAACCAAAUAAAUUAAAUUUAGAUGCUCAUAAUAUUUUAAGUAAUCACGAAACUUGGUGGGACAUAUGUUUCCGAUCCAAUAAUAAUAAUAGAGCAGCAAAUUUGCUCCCAAAGUUACGAUGGGCAACGUUGGGAUACCAUCAUGAUUGGGACACUAAAGUAUAUUCUGAAAAUUCUAAAACACCCAUGCCUAUUGAACUUAUCGAAUUAACGCAAUUUUUGGCUAGAGUAUUAAAUUUUUCAAAAUUUAGAGCAGAAGCAGCCAUUAUUAAUUAUUAUCGAAUGAAUUCUACAUUAGCAGGACAUACAGAUUGCUCCGAGCCAAAUAUAGAAGCACCGCUCUUUUCCAUUAGUUUUGGACAGACCGCUAUAUUUUUGAUAGGCGGCCUUUCCCAAAAAAAUCCAGCAGAUGCUCUAUUUCUACAAAGUGGUGACAUAUUAGUAAUGGCUGGUAGUUCACGCUUGAGAUAUCACGGGGUACCUAAAAUUCUAUCAUCUCAAUUAUGUCCUUGGGAUACAAAUGAAACUGAGACUAAUGAAAGUGACUGGAUUUGUGCAAAAAAAUAUUUAGCCGAAGCUAGAAUAAAUAUAAACGUAAGACAAGUAUUAAAAGAUAAUCAAUUGACUUUAUCUUAA